AUAAUAACCCUCUCUUCUUUUUUGUUAUUUAAAAAAAAAAGGCGUUUUAUUUUUUGUUUUUAGUCCCCUCCCAUACGAAAUUUGAAUCCACACCGACUCCGGAGUGACUGGCAUUCCCCCCAGUUACGGCCCAUCCAUCGUUCUCAAUGGUUUAGCUCCUUUUAUUUCCUUGGGUUGUUAACCGCGCUGGCCGUUUUGUUUCUCGAUUAUUCGCAGCUUGGUUUUUCACUGAUUAUUCAAAUUCCCUUUCCACCUUGGGGAAGGUCGUUUUUUUUCUUAGUGUUGCUGGUUUUCCCUUUUUUUUUUGAAACGAAAUUUUGCGGAAGUGUUGCCGGGGUCCUCCUAAACUCCAACACUUGUGUGUGUGUCACUUUACGACCGAAACUCGUCGAGUACACACACACACACACGUUACCAAAAGUGUUGUUGUUGUGCUCUCAGUGUGUGUGAGUGUGUGUGACGUUGUUGUACAACUGUUGUUGUUGUUUGAGAGUCGCCAACUUUUCCUUCAUGACGGAAAAUUCACUGCCGACCUCCGUUCAUCCUCAGAUUCACCCGCCUAUGACCACCGCCAUGGGCCGGUUACUCAAAUUUUGCACAAUCAAAGUCACUGGGCGAAUCCUUGACGUCAUCGUCCUCGUUCUCGUUAUUGGAGGAUUGAGCUUGUCCUACUCUGGGCUGAUCCGCCCUCGUGGAGCAGGAUUCUACUGUGAUGACCACACCAUCAAAUUCCCCUACAGAGGGGACACUGUUUCGGUUGUGCAACUCUUUCUUGGAAGUCUGCUGGCACCGAUAUUCUUUAUUCUGCCAAUUGAACUGGUGAAGAAAUGGAGAAAGUCGCGGGAGGCAGCGGUUCGCUCUUAUUUGGCGAGCGCCUGGAAGAAAUCGUGGUCGGUUUGGAGGGCUGUGCUUCUAGGAAAUUUAUCGGUUCUAGUAUUGACAGAGAUCUCCAAGAGUUUGAUCUCUGAAGCGCGCCCACACUUUUGGGACACUUGCCAACCGAACGUCACCAAAGAAAUCUGCGAUUCGGGUUAUAUCGUCGACUUCAAUUGCACCUCGGAUUACAGCAAUCGUAAGAUCUUGGAUGCACAGAAAUCGUUUCCUUCGGGUCACACUUCCGUCUCCUUUUUCGUGGCCGCCUUCAUGAUGUGGUACUUAGAUCGCGCCGUUCACUGGCGCCAUUCCUACUUCUUUAAGCCGUGCCUUCAACUCGUGUGGGCGUGUUUCGCAAUCCUCUGCGCGCUGACUCGUAUCACCGACCGAAGACACCACUGGUGGGACGUGUUGGCCGGAGGCACCUUGGGAUUGUCAGUCGCUUUCAUGCUGGUUCAAGCCGUGAGUCGGAGUAUUCGAUGGGGAGACGACGACGACUCUGAUUCCGCCAGUAAUGACUCAACAAAUCAGUUCAAGGACGGCAGCGGUCGUGCAGAUUUCCAACUCAAGUCGAACAAUCCCUCGUCAAACAACAAACGACCUUCCGUUCGCCGGCUGCUCUCCACUUCCUCGGCUGCCACAACUAUCGCAGAAGACAGCGAAAUCAAUAUUUAAAGAAGAGCUUCAUUCUUGGCCCCACUUUUUUUUUGUUUUGUUUCAAUUGUUGUGUUGACAUUCAUCGUGCGAUUUUUUUAAAAACACAAAUACUACGUCAAACGAAGUUAUUAUUAAUACUUUCUCCCAUUUUUCCGCGUAAAGAUGCAUUCACUCGACGAUGGACUGUAAUUAUAGAGCAACGUCCCAUCCAAGUGCCGCUUCAGUAUGUUUUGUUUUGAUUUCGCCUUGCAUAGUGACAGUGGCACCGGGUCUUUUAUUAUUAUCUUAUUGCCUUUGAUUAUCAGACGAAAAGAAAAGAAACCUAUACGUUACGCUGUUAUCGGUCUGUGAAUAUACUGAAAGAAUAUACGUAGGAAUAAGA